GGUAGGCUUCAUAGAAAUAACACAUAUUCUGUCAGUCUAUCAGUACAUCUACACAAAUACUUAAAAAAAAAAGAACAAAAAAAAUAUACGAUAAUAUACCUCCAAAAAACACGUAAAAAUGAGUUCACUUCGGAUCAGGAUUAGUAGAGGCUCGUAUUCCACGGAAGAGCAGAGAAAGACCAAUACAGAUCGAAAGACAAUCAUGGAAGAAAAGAGAAAACUAUAUAUCCAAAAAAGAAGUACCAUGGGCCUCGCGCUUUUGGCAACAGAUACUUGGGUUCCUCCUGAGCUAUCACGGAACACGCUUGCCAAUCUAUGCAGACGUCACGAUUUUGAUGGUUUUCAUAUUGACGAGCUGUUUAAAGAAGAUUUGGAUGAAUGGGUUCCUUCUGCCCAGAGUGUCUUUGACGAUGACAGAGAUCUGUGCCGUGAGCCGACUUUUUCCAAAUUUCGCGUUCCACUAGAAAUCCGAUGCCUUGAGCGGUAUAGGCACUCUAAAAAAAAGCAAGCCAAGCAAUUUAAGUGGGAGAUAAAAAAGCUGAUCGAAAAUAUGCCUAGUGCCGGGUGUGCCUGGGAGUUUGUAAGAGUUACGAGUUACACCACGCUCUGGCCUCCGUUGCACACUCGGGAAGAGCUCCAGAUGUUCAACAAAUUCUUCACAAUGACUCCAAGAGAACAGGCGCGCUUCAAUAAAAUAAUGACCACAAACAUAACUUAACAAUUUAUACUUUACACAG